CCCAAUUUUCCUCAGAUUUCGCUUUCUCAGCAAGAAAAAAAAAAAUCUGUCAAAUAUCAAAUUCAAUGGCUACUGAAGAAGUAAAUAAUAACCCAAAUCUUACUCAACUUCAACCUUCAGCUCCUUCAACUCUUCCUUCUUAUCCUGAUAUGAUAAUGGCAGCUAUAGAAGCGUUGAAUGAAGAAGAUGGGUCUAAUAAAUCAGCAAUAGCGAAGCAGAUUGAAGGGACUUAUGGUACACUACCACCAGCGCAUGGUACACUCCUUGCACAUCACUUAAACAAAAUGAAGCAAGCUGGGCAGCUAGUUAUGGUGAAGAACAAUUACAUGAAGCCAGACCCAAACGCGCCGCCGCGUCGUGGACGUGGACGUCCGCCGAAGCCGAAAGCUCCGGUUCCGGCUGGGUAUGUACCACCUCCACCUAGACCACGUGGACGACCGCCGAAGGAGCGUGAUCCAAACGCUCCUAUUGUAGUACCUAUGAAGAAGACGACAAGUUCUGGGGGGAGUGGGAAAAAACGUGGAAGGCCACGGAAGUAUCCGAUGGAAACUCCGACGGUGGUGCCUGUGGCGGUGGAGGUGGCGCCCCAGCAAAGUGGUGCUCCGAGAGGAAGAGGAAGGCCGCCGAAGGUGAAAACUCCGGUAGCUGCAACUGUAGGGGCUUAAUUGAAGAAGAACAAAUUAGUUUAGGGACUUGUAUGGCAAAAUGCUAACUGUUGUUUUUUUUUCCAUUUUUUUUCUUUUUGAAUUUAAUGUUUUUGUCCCUGUAGUUUUUUUUAAUUACAUUUGUAGGAAGAGUUGUGUGACUGGUGAGUGAUUUUUAUGUUGUAAUUGGGCCAAUGUAAAUGCAAAUUGAGGCUUUUAUUAAAAAUUCAGAAAUAUUCUGUUUUC